AGCCAGUUAUCAGAGAAGAAAUAGUUCUUACUUCAAAAGAUAAACAAACACAAAAAAUAAGUUGCUGGUUCCUAAUAGGAAAAAUACAUUUUAAUAAUUGUGCGAUGAGAAGCUGCUUACGUACACAUUGCAGAUCAAAUAUUUGGAGUUAAGAUGUCAGUCACAUAGGUGAGUGAUUGUAACUUUAUUGCCAUUAAAAGAUUUCAAAUUGCAUUCGUGCUUCUGUGUACACAUAAUGAAAAAUGGGCAAAAUAAUGAAGAUUGAUAAUUCCCUGCGUCUGCUGUCUAAUUCUGCUGUCUGCUCUUCUACGAUGCCGCGUCUCUAAUUGUACACAGUUAAUGAUAGCUAGGAGUAUAAAGUUGUCGCCCAUCAAUAAAAAUUACACAGUUGGUUAAAAAAAAAACUAUCAAAAUAGUUUCACACAAGGAAAAUAUUCUAUUUUUAUGUCAUUGGAAUGAUGCUCCCCAUUUCCUACGACUUGGUGUGGUGAGUAGAUCUUCAUGGAGGAACACGGAGUGACCCAAACUGAACACAUGGCUACCAUAGAAGCCCAUGCAGUGGCCCAGCAAGUUCAGCAGGUCCAUGUGGCUACCUACACUGAACACAGUAUGUUGAGUGCUGAUGAAGACUCACCUUCUUCUCCUGAAGACACCUCGUAUGAUGAUUCAGACAUACUCAACUCCACAGCGGCUGAUGAGGUAACAGCCCAUCUGGCUGCUGCAGGUCCUGUGGGAAUGGCUGCUGCUGCUGCUGUGGCAACAGGAAAGAAACGGAAACGGCCUCAUGUGUUUGAGUCUAAUCCGUCUAUCCGGAAGAGACAGCAAACACGUUUGCUUAGGAAACUUCGAGCCACAUUAGAUGAAUAUACUACUCGAGUAGGACAGCAAGCUAUUGUCCUUUGUAUCUCACCCUCCAAACCCAACCCUGUCUUUAAAGUGUUCGGUGCAGCACCUUUGGAGAAUGUGGUCCGUAAGUACAAGAGCAUGAUCCUGGAAGACCUGGAGUCUGCCCUGGCAGAGCACGCCCCUGCGCCACAGGAGGUUAACUCAGAGCUGCCGCCUCUCACCAUCGAUGGAAUUCCAGUCUCUGUGGACAAAAUGACUCAGGCCCAGCUUCGGGCAUUUAUUCCAGAGAUGCUGAAGUACUCCACAGGUCGGGGAAAACCAGGCUGGGGUAAAGAAAGCUGCAAGCCCAUCUGGUGGCCUGAAGAUAUCCCAUGGGCAAACGUUCGGAGCGAUGUCCGCACAGAAGAGCAAAAGCAGAGGGUUUCAUGGACCCAGGCACUACGGACCAUAGUUAAAAACUGUUAUAAACAGCAUGGGCGGGAGGACCUUUUGUAUGCUUUUGAAGAUCAGCAAACACAAACACAGGCCACAACCACACACAGUAUAGCCCAUCUUGUACCAUCACAGACUGUAGUCCAGACCUUUAGUAACCCUGAUGGCACUGUCUCGCUUAUCCAGGUUGGUACAGGGGCAACAGUAGCCACAUUGGCUGAUGCUUCAGAAUUGCCAACCACAGUCACUGUUGCCCAAGUGAAUUAUUCUGCUGUGGCUGAUGGAGAGGUGGAACAAAAUUGGGCCACGUUACAAGGAGGUGAGAUGACCAUCCAGACGACACAAGCAUCAGAGGCUACCCAGGCAGUGGCAUCAUUGGCAGAGGCUGCAGUGGCAGCUUCUCAGGAAAUGCAGCAGGGAGCCACAGUCACCAUGGCACUCAACAGCAACCAGUCCAGCCUGACUUCCAGCUCAAGCCUUCUGGUCAAGGGACAUGGGUCCCUUUUGCUUUAUCCUAUUCUGUGCUCCUUAACAGACCAAAAGCAGCAAGAUAAUUGUUUACAGCAAGAAGAGAUUAAAAGUAGAAGGCCAGUUAAGAAGAGGCAGUCCAGCGAAGCUGCCGCCCAUGCUGUCGCCACCCUGGCUGAGGCCACCUUGCAAGGGGGGGGACAGAUAGUCCUGUCUGGGGAAACCGCAGCAGCUGUCGGAGCACUUACUGGAGUCCAAGAUGCUAAUGGAGUAAUCACCGGUUCUACCCAAUUCUGGAAGACCCCUCGAGGACUGGUCCAGAUCCCUGUGAGCAUGUACCAGACUGUGGUAACCAGCCUCGCCCAGGGCAAUGGGCCGGUGCAGGUGGCCAUGGCCCCUGUGACCACCAGGAUAUCGGACAGCGCAGUCACCAUGGACGGCCAGGCUGUGGAGGUGGUGACGUUGGAACAGUGACAUGCAGCCAUAUCAUGGCAUCGUUUUCUAGUCUACUUCAAAAUUUUUUACACGUUUGCAGAGGUGCAAUCAAAUGAAAUUAAGUCUCUCGACUUUGGAAGAAAAGUUUUGUUAACCUUUUUUUUAAAAAGGAAGAAAGGCAGCGGAUUUUGGAAUUGCAUUUUUUUAAAGCACCACUCUUGAUUUUCUGGGAUUGGUGGAACAAGAUACUGCGUUGUCAAUUUCACUGUCCCCAAAAAGCCAAAUUGUGGCAAGGACUUCUUUCUGCGAAAACGUGUGUAUAGUUCCGUGUUUGUAUGUGUGAGUGUGAAUAUAUGUAUAUGUGUACAUAUGGAUAUACGCAUUUACAUAUAUAUAAAGUAUAUAUAUGUGUGUGUGUAUGUAUAUGUGUGUAUGUAUACAUGUGUGUGUAUGUAUAUGUAUAUAUAUAUAUAUAUAAAUAUAUAUAUAUAUAUAUAUAUAUAAUGUAUGUAUGAAACCCGCAUGGAAUUAUCUGUAUGAGAUCAAGGUGAGCUGUGGAAAAAAUAAUUCACCCAGUUUAGUGGGUGUUGGGUACGUGGCCAGACACAGCCACCGGUUUUUGUUCAUACCAGGGUCAUGCGUUGAGCUACUGACAAACUCAGGCAGAGGUGACCAUGCCCUUCACCAAAGCUGCCUCCCAGUGGCCACCCAGAACUCUCCCUGCUGGACUUGCCUGAGGAAGGAUGUUCCAGAAUGGGGUGAGGUCCAGAAAUUGUGCUUGCAGGGUCCAGGGCCUCGUGGUCUGGCAGCUGGGACGCUCCUCGGGCUGGCCCAGGUGCUGACCUUGCCACGGGCAAGUGAACGUCCUUAAAACUCCCAGGCAGGGGUGAGAGGGUUUUCCUCAGCCUCCCAUCUCCUCCCCUCCCGAGGAAACCUUCUUGAUCUCAUGACUAUUAACAUGUCACUUUGGUUUUAAGGUCAGUCCUGAAUUGGUCGUGUAUAUGAAUUGAAGGUAACAGAAGUAUUAAGGGUUUGAGGAGUGCGUGCGUGUUAAGUGUGCUUGUGAGUGUGUGCGUGGUGGGGAGAGAA